AAUUCGGAGGCGUUCGCGAAAGUCACCCGAGUGUCUCACAAACUUAGCGACCUGUCCAAAGCACGAGUCGCUUCAGAACCAUUGCACCAGGCUCCCCGGAUUCUGCUGCCAAAGGUGCAGCCUCUUAGGAAGAACCGGGAAAGGUGCGAGCGAGCCGGCAUCUUGGGUCCUAGACGAGUGCUAUGUAUCAUGGUUUGUAGAGCACGUUUCUGAGUGGCUCACGGUUUCAGAAGUAACGAAUCUUCACUUUAUGCCAUCAAAGAAAAAGGGACUGAGUGCAGAGGAGAAGAGAGCCCGCAUGAUGGAAAUAUUUUUUGAGACGAAAGAUGUGUUUCAAUUAAAAGACAUGGAGAAGAUUGCUCCCAAAGAAAAAGGCAUUACUGCUAUGUCAGUAAAAGAAGUCCUUCAAAGCUUAGUUGAUGACGGUAUGGUUGACUGUGAGAGGAUUGGAACGUCUAAUUAUUAUUGGGCUUUUCCAAGUAAAGCUCUUCAUGCAAGGAAACGCAAGCUGGAGGUUCUGGAAUCUCAGUUAUCUGAGGGAAACCAAAAGCAUGCAAAUCUACAGAAAAGCAUUGAGAAAGCUAAAGUUGGCCGACAUGAAACGGAAGAGCGAACUAUGCUAGCAAAAGAGCUUUCUUCACUUCGAGACCAAAGGGAACAGCUAAAGGCAGAAGUAGAAGAAUACAGAGAAUGUGACCCACAAGUUGUGGAGGAAAUACGUCAAGCAAAUCAAGUAGCCAAAGAAGCCGCUAACAGAUGGACUGAUAAUAUAUUUGCAAUAAAAUCUUGGGCGAAAAGAAAAUUUGGUUUGGAAGAAAAUAAAAUUGAUAAAAAUUUUGGAAUUCCAGAAGACUUUGACUACAUAGACUAAAAUGUUCGAUGUUGGGAAAGGAUCUGUGUGCUUGUGAAUAUGUGAUUUUUAAAAAUAUUAUCCAACUAAAUGUACUGAAUUGCCAUUUACCUAUAACUGUGUUGUGUUGAUCAUUUUGUUAAUUUUAAAUAAAGUAUAAUGUGGA